GGCGCGCACUGCUCCGGCAGCCCGGCGAGGGCUCGCGCCGCCGCCAGCCCCCGGCCGCCCCUCCGUCCGCGCCCGGCCCGGCCCAGCCGCAGCCAUGUCCAAGCCGCCCCCUAAACCGGCCAAGCCAGGGCAGGUUAAAGUGUUCAGAGCCUUGUACACAUUUGAGCCCAGAACACCAGAUGAACUAUACUUUGAAGAAGGAGAUAUCAUUUACAUCUCGGACAUGAGUGAUACAAAUUGGUGGAAGGGAACUUGCAAAGGGAGAACUGGACUAAUUCCAAGCAACUAUGUGGCAGAACAAGCUGAGUCUAUUGAUAAUCCAUUACAUGAAGCUGCGAAACGAGGCAACCUAAGCUGGUUGAGAGAGUGUUUGGAUAACCGAGUUGGAGUCAAUGGCUUAGACAAAGCCGGAAACACAGCUCUGUACUGGGCAUGCCAUGGAGGGCAUAAAGAUAUAGUGGAUGUCCUGUUUACCCAGCCAAACCUAGAGCUAAACCAGCAGAACAAAUUGGGAGACACAGCUUUGCAUGCUGCUGCAUGGAAGGGUUAUGCAGAUAUUGUAGAGGUGCUUCUGGCAAAGGGGGCAAGAACAGAUCUGAAAAACAAUGAGAAGAAACUGGCUUUAGACAUGGCAACCAAUGCAGCUUGUGCUUCCCUACUUAAGAAGAAAAAAAGUGCAGAUACAGUGCGAACAUUAAGUAAUGCGGAGGAAUACCUUGACGAUGAAGACUCCGAUUAGCUUUUUUUCAUUCUGUCUUAAGAGCUAUAACCUCUGUUGCCUAUGUCAUUCCCAAAUCUUAUCUUUGCUACUGUAAAAAUAUCUUACUUAGAGUAUUUCAGUCUUCCGGUGUAGCAUAUAUAUAAGAGAGUGAAAUCAUUCCUUCCAAAGGAAGAACUUUCACGUGUGCCAGAAGAUGCCGCAUUUUGAGUCAGAGUUUUUUGGAAUCAUCAAAUAGAGGAGGAGUGGCAUCCGUUAAGAGAGGAGCCUUCCCUCUCUGUAUCUGUUGAAUGGGCAAAGACCAGAGUCUUCUAAACCCACAGUUUGCAUUUCAGGUCUUCGUAGCAAGUGCCUUGUGUCUCUGGAUUACACUCCUCAAACCUAAAGAGCCAUCUGGGACAGCAGGACACCAUGGCUAGCAUUACCCAGCUCCCUUGGUAUAGGUUCCUGUAAGCAGAUAAAAUAAUACUGGCAGAGUCAGUACUAGCUGACAGAUGUGAACAGAGAUGCUGCUGUAGAAAGUGACCACCUCUUGACCACAUGGAGCCGCAAAGACAACAGAGGGUUUUGGGGAUUGAUUUCCCACCCCUGCCGCCCUCAGUGUAUGGGGUAAAGUGACAUGGGAUGGUUGUCCCUGGAUGUUUCCCAUACAAACAUGGGACCAAUCCUGAAAUGUUAGCUCAGGUGAAAUGCUUGCUGAAGUCAAUUUUGCUUGAGGAAUGUACUUAAUUUUGGACUCAAUGACUUGAUUAUUUUGCUUUUUGAAGUGCAUAUAUGUUGAAACUAUUAGCAGGGAAAGGAGGACAGAAUAUUUUUCUAUUUAUCCUGCCUAAAAUUUUUUACUGCCUCUUGCUUUUAUUUUUUAAGUGUUGUAUGUUGUCCUAAAUUACCUCAAAACUUGAGCCUUUUUAAAGGAAAGGGGAAGAUAUAUGAAAUGUCCUAAUCUGAAUAAACAUUUUGAAAGUGUGUGAUUUCUUCCCAUGAAUUAAAGCUAAUAAAUAAAGCUACUUCUGAGUUUC